AUGCUUUUUUCCUUAAUUUUGUUUCCCAUACUUUCAUUGCAAAUGACUCUAUACUAUGAAGCAUUUACAGAUCCUUCAUUUGUAACAAGUGAAGGUAUUGAAAAAUAUUUUUAUUUUAGAUUGGACUAUUUCAAAUGCUUAUAGUGUAUAUUCUGAUUGCGCUGGAAAAAGAAUUCUCGGAGGAUACGAUGCCUUUGGAAAUCAAGCUAAAGCUAUGAAACUACUCUUGUUGCCUCCUCAUUAUACGAUAUAUAUAACAAUGUAAUUCUGGAAGUAUUUUACUUUAUUGUAUGUAGAAUAGACUCUUGGGAUGGCGAAUUUCUCUACAUAUACUUAGAUGGUACUUUAAGUCAUAGUGUUUAAUAUGGUUAAACAGGUGUAUAAAUAUGUGGUGGAGUAUGGGCUGAUGAAAUAUUCAAUUUAACGAUUACAUAGCCUCAUGUGUUUUAGUCAGUAAUAAUCCUAAUAACAACAAAUCUUGAUUCUCAUCCAAGUGAUGUAAUUCAAUAAAAUUAUGAGAGGAAUCUUGGGGUUUUAGAGAUUUUAAACUCUAUCUUGAUUUGUGUCCUCUUGGAUGUCAAUCUUGUUCUGAAAAUGAUUCAUAUAUGGAAUGCAAGCAAUGGAAUCUCGUCAAUUCAGCAUUUCUAUCAGAUUAAUUGUCCUCCUUUUAAAUAGAUGGAUGGUCAAUAAUAAAUGGAAUAUAAGAUACUACAGUUUGCUCUAGUAACAUUUUUAGUUCUAGAUAGACAUUCCUAUAUUUGGUGGAUAUGCUAAAAGUGGUUAGUCUUCAAUAAUUACUACUACUAUUAAUAUGCCUCAGCAUUAUUUGAUUAAAAUUAGAUUUAGGUUUGCCUAUAUAGAUUCUUGGGAUAAUGAAAAUCUUUACUGUAAAAUUGAUGGCAUUUUAAUAUUUCAAAAAUCUCAUUAUUUUGAUGCAGGUUGGUUAUGCAAUUAUUGCGGUGAAGGCUAUGAUGAUUACCUUCCAAAUUAAGAAAUAAUAAUGCAUCAUAAAAACCCCAACCUUAUUAUAACUUUUUCCACAUCACUUGAUGAAGGAAAUAUAAAUGAAUCUUUUGGAAUUAGAGACUUUUAGAUAUUUACAUGUAUUAUAUUAUUUUAAAAAAAGAUUCGCAAGAUUGUGGUAAUGGAGUAUUAGAAUAAAAUGAAUAAUGUGAUGAUGGUAAUAUUUAUGCUUUUGAUGGAUGUUUUAAUUGUUAAUAUUCUUGUGUUGAAGGAUGUUCAAAUUGUAUUGAUGGUAUUUGUUUUGAAUGUUUAAAUGGAUGGAUAUUAGAUAAUACAUAAUAUAUUUGUAUUCCUAUUUGUGGAGAUCUUAUUAUUAAUGGAGAUGAAUAAUGUGAUAUUAAUUAAUAUAUUAAAUAAUCAUUUGGAUGUAAUUAAUGUGAAUUUAAUUGUUAACAUUAAUGUAUAAAUUGUUAAUUUGGAAAAUGUUAUGAUUGUAUAUAAGGAUGGAAAUUAAUAAAUUAUUAAUGUGAAUCUAUUUGUGGAAAUAAUUCAAUUUAAGGUUUAGAAGAAUGUGAUGAUAUGAAUUCAAUUAGAUUUGAUGGAUGUAAUAAUUGUAGAAAUGAUUGUUAAAAAGAAUGUUCAUAUUGUUAAAGAGGAAUAUGUUUAGAUUGUAUUUAUGGUUGGUAUUUAACUGAUUAAUUUAUUUGUGAAUCUUAAUGUGGAGAUAAUUUAAUUGCUUUAAUAUCAAAUGAAGAAUGUGAAGAUUCUAAUUAUGAUUAAUUUGAUGGAUGUUAUUAAUGUAAAAUUGAAUGUUGUCAUUAUUGUAAUAUAUGUAUUUAUGGAUAUUGUUAUAAUUGUGAAUAUACAUUUACAUUAAUUGAUUAAUAUUGUAUUCCUAUUUGUGGAGAUGGAUUAAUUACUAUUGGAUAUGAAUAAUGUGAUGAUAUGAAUCAAAUACCAUAUGAUGGUUGUUAUAAUUGUAAUUAUUAAUGUAGAUAAUAUUGUAAAUUAUGUAUUAAAGGUAUAUGUUAUGAUUAAUGUGAAUAUGGAUAUUAUGAAUUUGAUUAUUAAUGUUAUCCUAUUUGUGGCGAUGGAAUUAUAGUUCAUUAAGAAGAUUGUGAUGAUUUAAAUGAUAAUUAAUUAGACGGAUGUCAUAAUUGUUAAUUUCUAUGUCCAAAUCAUUGUGAAAUAUGUUAAGAAGCAAAAUGUAAAUUAUGUGAAUAAGGGUAU